AUGGGUUUCCAAUACAGUCUUAUCUCCAUUCAACCCCAUAAGAAGUCGCUGAAUUUUGGGAUCUUCAAACAUCCCGGCCAGUCCGGAAAUGUCGCAAGCAGCCUGAACAGCUCUGGAUCCUCCGACCCUAUUACCAACGAAUUUACUGAACCGAAUAAGGAAAACAGCAAAACUGCCAGUUCCUCGUCUGUGGUCACAGAGAAACUUAGAAGUUUAGGUCUGAAGCAAAUCCAGUGGAUCGGCAAGUGCGAAGCGGACAAAAUCUCUCAGGGAACCUAUGACGUUAGCCAAAACGAAGGCGGCAACUAUGCACUCGUAUUUGACAAUACCUUCUCAAAGCAAAUCUCCAAAACCGCAACUUUUGUCCUUCUGACCUACCCGUCCAAUGCUCCUCCACAUUCCGGUCAUCAGAUUCACCAUUCGCAAGCUGCAGGGACAGUCAUUGGGAAUCUCCAGCCGCGCCCGAGUCCCGCGUUAAAUCCGACGGCGUCAGACUCGACAGAGUCGUUACGACAUGGUCGUGCUUGGGCCAGCAGCAAAAUACCUCCUCACAGCGCAGAAUCUUCGAAAAGCUUUCCCUUAACUGUGCACACUGGGGUUCUCCAGAAGAGAAGAAGGAAGCGUCACCAGGGAUAUGCGCGCCGCUUCUUCUCCCUCGACUUUACCUCUUCAACAUUAUCGUACUAUCACGAUCGUAAUUCGUCAGCCCUCCGCGGCGCCAUACCUUUGAACCUAGCAGCGAUUGCGGCCAAUCAAAAGACCAGAGAAAUAUCGAUUGAUUCUGGAGUGGAGAUCUGGCACCUCCGCGCCUCUACUGACGCUGACUUCCUAGCGUGGAAACAUGCACUGGAGAAAGCUUCGCAAAGUCAAGAUGGAGUGCCGCCGGAAUCAAGACCAAAACCUCGUCCUGAGCUGGCAGCGUCUUCCAGCACGGUUGUGGAUGAUGUCCGGCAUUGGGCUGAGGUGGAAGCUCUAGUUGAGAAAGUAUCGAACACAAGAGAUAUGGUGCGUCGUUUGGCAAAGGAUACAGAUCCUAAAUAUCUGGGAACCCCUAUUGGGCGACGAGAACGGUCACAAAGCCCAUCUACUACUACAAUCCCCCAAUCCCUGACUGGGAGUAGUCUGGAUGAAGUGGUAGAAAAUAGAGAGAAGCGGUCUUUCUGGAAACUGAAGCCUCGAGAUAUUAGCAAUACUCCCAAUCCAGCUGGUAAACGUAAUAUUCCUUCACAAACGGCAAUCCCGUCGUCCAAUGCGAAUGGUCCUUCAAACGCUAAAUCUCAUGGUGAAAUGACGAACGCUCUCGAACUGAGCGUACAUGAUGAUUUGAUGAUAAUACUCCGCGAACUUAACUUUGUCGUGUCAGAAUUUUCUACCCUCAUGCUGGAUAAAAAACAGAAAAUUCCAACCAAAAUCUCCCAUGUCAAACCCCGCGCAAGUUUCGACUCUGAGGCAUCACAGGAAUUUUUCGAUGCGACAGAUGGAAAUGCCUCUCCACUGCUUACGAUCCAACGAGACAGUGACGAUGAGUAUGAAAGGAGUGAAUCUCCCGUGACUGCUGAUGGAGAUGAAGAGUCCCUCUCUGGUAGCGAGGUGGACGAGGCUGACACCUUCAUGAGCAAACCGUUCAGACUGGAUAAUUCUUCAUCUCUAUUCCCAACCAAACCUAGAUCACUGGGCCCACUGCCCUUUAAUCAUAAAGUCAUACGGAGAACCAAAAUACCGCCUCCGACCAUGCCACCACCAAGCUUGAUAAGCUUUCUUCGCAAGAACGUGGGCAAAGACUUGUCGACUAUUUCCAUGCCGGUAUCUGCCAACGAACCCUUAUCCCUCCUUCAGCGUGCAGCCGAGCAAUUGGAAUAUUCCCAACUCCUCGACAAUGCUGCGAGCGCCACGGAUGGCCUGGAACGUCUGAUUUACGUCACGGCAUUUGCCCUCUCGCCGCUUUCCAAUGGACGGGUCAAGGAACGUGCUAUCCGCAAGCCUUUCAAUCCCAUGCUAGGCGAAACCUUUGAACUCAUCCGCGAGGACCGUGGCUUCCGUUUCAUUGCCGAAAAAGUCUCCCACCGGCCCGUUCAACUAGCUUACCAAGCAGACUCCAAAGAUUGGAGCUUUUCCCAAUCGCCCAAACCCACGCAGAAAUUUUGGGGCAAGUCGGCUGAGAUAAUCACAGAUGGAAAGGCCCGCCUCACCCUACACUCGAACGGUGAACAUUUCAGCUGGUCCCCUGCGACAUGCUUCCUUCGUAACAUCAUCGCAGGUGAAAAAUAUGUUGAACCCGUCGGCCAAAUGUGCGUUCUGAAUGAAACCACUGGCCAAAAGACAAUCGCCACCUUCAAAGCUGGCGGCAUGUUCUCAGGCCGCAGCGAAGAAGUUUCCGUUAAAGCCUUUGAUACCCACGGCGAAGAACUGCCCCUGGGCCUCCAAGGGGCCUGGACUACCUCCCUCCAACUGACUGAACACGGUAUGGAGACCAACAAGACCAUCUGGGCCGCAGGGUCGCUUGUCGAUAAACCCACGAAGAAUUAUGGAUAUACAACCUUCGCUGCAUCGCUGAAUGAAAUCACUGAGAUUGAGAAAGGGAAGGUCCCCGUUACGGAUAGUCGGUUACGACCGGACCAGCUCGCGCUGGAGGAGGGCAGUGUAGACCGCGCGGAACAGCUCAAAGCGGAGUUGGAGGAAAAGCAGCGAGAAAGGAGGAGGGAGAUGGAGGAAAGAGGGGAACAAUGGAGAGCUAGGUGGUUCGUAAAGGUUGUGGGGGAGGGCGGUGUGUCUUCUGCUGAAGAUGAGACAGUCUGGAAGAUAAGGACGGGGAAGGAUGGGUAUUGGGAGGAGAGGGCAAGGGGGGAGUGGACGGGAAUUGUUCCAGUGUUCAAGUUGUAG